AUGUUCCGUAUUCGCGUUGAAAAUCCAUCAGUAGCCAUCACCGUAGCUCCUCACGUCUGGCCACCCUACAAGACAGCUGCGCCACGAACCUUCCAAUUCGUACACAACACACGCAAGAUGGCUGAGCACCCAAGCUACGAACUUCUCUACCACCCCGGCAUACCCGGCCGUGGCGAGUUCAUCCGCUUGGCCUUUGAAGCCGCUGGAGUUCCAUACACCGACAUCGCCAAUUCGCAAAAGGAUGGCUAUGGCGAGGUGCAGAAAGUGUGCAUGAAUAAGGACACCGAGUCAUCCGAUGGCAACGCACCUAUGUUCGCGCCACCUGCUCUGCGUGUGCCUGGAAAGGGAAGAGAUGGCAAAGCAUUGGUUAUUAGCCAAACGCCGAAUGUCCUCCUCUACCUAGGCGAGAAGCUGGGUCUAGUCCCGGAUGAUGAGGCAGGGAAGUUGUAUGUGAAUCAACUUACACUGACAGCGUUGGAUUUGGAUAAGGAGAUUCAUGAUACUCAUCACCCUGUAGUGGUCAUGCUCUACUACGAGGAUCAGAAGGAGGAAGCUUUGAGGAAAGCCAAAGAUGUCCGAGAAAACCGAUUCCCCAAAUUCUUCUCAUAUUUCGAGAGGAAUCUGCAGUGGAAUAAGGACAGCGGAGGGGGAAAGUACCUUGUGGGUAACAAGCUAUCGUACGCGGACACCACUGUUUGGCAGAUCCUCGACGGAGCGUCCUUUGCAUUUCCGAAAGAGCUGGAGGCGAGGAAGAAGGAGUUUCCCUUACUGUUUACGACCUUUUACGAAAGUGUCAAGCAAGAGAAGGGUCUGAAGGAAUACUUGAAGAGUGAGCGAAGAUUGCCAUACAGCCAAGGCAUCUUCAGAUAUUAUCCCGAGCUUGACAGACAGUAG